CGAAAUCAUGCAUUGACGCUCCCCACGUCUGGAAUACUCGCAUUCAAUUCCGGAUACCCUAGCUGGAAGAUGUCCACUUAUUUGACACGCCCACAGCGCCAGUCUUGCGCAACAGAGGACCAUUGGAAAAUUGCCAUGUGUUUCUUCUUGGUUCUCGCUCUGGCAUCGCCUGCUUUUGCCGCCGUGUCGUUGUCUACGACAAAUGAUCUCUUCAAGGCGCUUGCAGAGCGGCGUGUGAAGCCACCGGAACCUCCAGUUUGUUGUCUGAGGCCGUUGCCGUCAUCGGAGCCCAUUCAGGACGAGAUGCUUCUGUCUUUCGAGGAGUGGAAAGAGAAGCAAACAGUUAAACAAGCGGAGCAACAGCAGGGCAAAAAAACUCAAGACAAGGACGCUAACGGGAACGAGUGGACGUCCGAACGAGGGGAUAACCCAUCCGCUGCUCCGGCCGAGGUCUUCACGCACAGUGCACCCUUGGACGCACCUCACUUCCGCGUCCCAAUAACAGACCGUUUCAACUACGCUAGUAUGGACUGCUCUGCGCGCGUUCAUACCUCUCAUCGCUCAGCCAAAUCCCCGGCGUCGAUUUUGUCUUCAAAACGCGACAAAUACAUGCUCAGUCCGUGCAAAGACCAAAAGCAGUACAUAGUCGUGGAACUCUGCGAGGACAUUAGAAUCGACACAGUCCAAUUGGCCAAUUUCGAGUUCUUCAGUGGAGUAUUCAAGAAGUUCGCGGUCAGCGUGUCAAAGACGUAUACGACCGAUCCCGAGGGAUGGACGGUCGCUAGCACACAUACAGCAAAGAACAUAAGAGUGGUACAGUCAUUUCAUCCACCGACAUCCCUACGAGACUUUUACCGCUACAUAAGAAUCGACUUCCAUUCACAUUACGGCAACGAGUUCUACUGUCCCAUCUCCCUGCUUCGAGUCUAUGGCCUGACGCAUCUGGAGGAAUAUAAAUGGGAGAUUUGGGAAGACGAAAGUCGGGCCAAACGUGGCGAAAUUGCUGCACCAACUGUGCCUCUCGAGGUGAACGAGCCCGAGCCUGCUGUCGCCCCGGAGCCAGUGCGUAUUCCACCUUCCUAUGCCGAGUUCAUGGAUGCAGCCGCGACAGAACUGGAGAGCACGAAACAUCCUGAAACAUCAGUGGAAACAUCAUCGGAGAUCGCGCAGCAUCUGACGUUGGUUCAACCUCCCGAAUCCACAGAGACAACCACUGCGGCAAAAAGAGAGAGAUCCACGACUGAGUUCCAUUCAAACAGCACGGGCACUGCGGAGGCAAUGCCGACGACGUUUGUCAACCCAGAGCCGACCUCUGUUUCAACCACUGCGCCGUCUGGAGGAGAAUCCAUCUACCGCACAAUCAUGAAUCGAUUGACUGCACUGGAGGCCAAUCACACACUAUACGCGCGAUAUGUUGAGGAGCAUACGAGUGCUGUUCGAGAGAUGCUUCGCCGGGUCGGCGAAGAUCUCGGUCGGGCAGAAGGUGUGGGCAAAGCCCAAGCGCAACUGCUUGCGCGGUCCUUGCGAGAUUGGGAACGCCAGCAAAUGAGCACCCAUAUUGAAUAUUUGGAACUUCUCCGCAAAGUGCAAUAUCUGUCUGACGAGAUUGUAUUGGAGAAACGAUUGGGUGUUGCGCAGCUCUUGCUGCUGCUUGCUGUUCUUAUCUUUAUGAGCCUCACCCGAGGUUCCCGGGGGGAACCAGUCAUCGCGCCUUCGUCGUCCAUCCGAUCUUGGGGCCGGCGUCAUCUCAGCCUUGGAAGAUUAGGUAGCGGAGAAUGGGAUUGGGUUGGCAAGCUCAAGUCGAGGAGCCACAGUCCACCUGAACUGCCGACAUCGAAGCAAGACUCACCCGCCAAGGUGGUUUUUCCAUCGCGUUCUGAAGACCAAGCGGAUGUCUCGAAGCACAGGCCCCCUCGACUGAAUCUCUCUCUCACGAGGUCUCGCACCCGGAGCCUCGGAAACGGCACCGUGAGGCUGGAGAGUCCGAGGUUACGGACACCUCGACGGCCAGGGACACCCACACGACACCUGGCGUCCAUUCCACUCACUCAUUCCAUCUCUCAUGGAUCGCAUGCACCGCGAAGUGCAAGAAAAUGGGCCAGGACAGCUCAUCUGCACGAGCUUCGGCUGGGCUCUGGAACGAAGAGUUCUCCCGUCACAGCGAGCGAGCUCGGCCUCGGCGAGAUGGGCGUAGACCCACACGAAAUAUUUACGCCGGGACCUUUCACUGCCACAGAUGUAGACCAAUGGAUCGAUACUGACGAGGGCGACCCGUGA